AUGCGGCGGGGCCGGGGGCAACAAGGCCGUCAAGGGCCUUCCCAACCCUACGGCACUUCCGGCGCAGCUGGUCAGGGACGCCCCGCGCACGCAUCGGCGCCUGUAAAAGAAGCGUUUCCCAAGAAUGCCGGAUCGGAGGACUCAGCGCGUGGAGAGGGAGGCGCUUCUGGGGGCUCAUGGUUGGUAAGCUUCUUUGCUUUCGUUUAUGGGAAGCUGGUCUCGGCACUCUGUGGUCUCACCCGGCUGCGCCUACGAGGUUCCCACCCCGCUAGCUGGGGUUCGAUGUGCGACGCGGGGGCAGCCCGAAACGCCCUUUUCGAGGGGAUUCGCGACGGACCGAAGCCUGUAGCUGGAGACUCUCCAGCGGACGGGGUUUUUGUCUCUGCGCUUGGCAGGGUCUGGGGAUGCAUCGCCGGGGCGUACCGAUGUGUAGAAGACAUGGUGCGGUUUGGAGUGCUCUGUCUCCUCGCCGUGUGGCGUGUGCUCUGCUUGCAAUUCUGCCCUAGGCGGCGGGAUUACCUGUUGCAUGCUCAGGGGAUCGCGGCGCUUGGCAAGUUGGCGACUGCUAGGGAGCAAGAUGAGGACUGGAGUCUCAGCAUGGGGACCGCAGGCUCCAUGGACCCCUGUGGCUAUAUGAGUUGCCUGAUCAAUUCGACGUUUUUCCCCCUGUUUCCCGGCUUUGCAUGGAGUGCCGCAUACGCUGCAGUGUCGCCUUUCUCGUCUUCAGCUGCUGCGGGGCUCUGGGCGAGUGUGUCGUCGAUAUGGCCGGAUUUCGAUGAUGACUAUUCCACCCCUUCCGUUGCGCGGCUGACCGCUGCUCUGAGUGUAUGGACACAGUCGUGUCGGCAGCUGGGGACGGUCCUCGAGUUGUCUCCGGACUUCUCGGGGAGGGAGAGGAACUUCUAUGGCGCGACACAGAAUCUCGCUGUGCGCGCAGUCGCCGACUUCCCCUCGGCUGAGAAUGCGUGGGCCCCAAAGCCUAGCGGGCGGUGCUGUAGACGGCGGGGGUCGAGGGCGAAGUCCUUCGCGUCCCGUUUCCCCUGGAUCUCUUUCCCCGGGGUCCACCGCAGUCAAGAAACUCCAGUCGAACGGAGAGAAGGCGGCGCAGGCCUCUUUCCGUACCUUCUCUGGUGGCGGUGGUGGCCAGCAGCCGCAGUGGCGGCGAUCCCGCGCAGAACAGGCAGGAGGCAAUCCGACCUUUACUCUGCUCCGUGCUACUUCCCUGGUGUCGGCAGAUGUGUGGCGACGGGGCUUGGACCCACCAGCAGCAGCCUGGAGGACUACUGGGCGUACGCGCGCUGGAUUAGUGAGGCCGAAACGGCGGACUUCCCGGUGCACCACGGAGACGCGCCGCCCUGCCCCGCCGCUCAGUUGCCUCGCGUUCAGUCGCGACACCCGAGCGAACGCCCGCCAGCGCGACCGGUCUUUGCCCCGCUUCUCUUCACUCCCGAACUGUUUCCCGCCGUCUUCGGCGGCUGGCUCUUCCCCGUGACUGGGAACCCGUCUUUUGCAGCGCUCCCCUUUUUCCGGACGCUGUGGUGGCCGGCGGCGGUCGCAGCGGCGGGCGGCGGGACGAGCGCGACGUGGCGGCUGGGCCCGCGCGACGGCGCGACCGCCUUGGGCUCCAGUGGAGACGCAGAGCCGGGUCACUGCGGAUGUUCACCCCCUUUCGGAUGCUGGACGGGUUCUCCGAAUGCCGGGUGUGGCUGCAGGGCGUGGUGCACGUCCGCGGAGAAACCCGGCGGAGACGCGUCGGGACCUUGCGACGCGAGACGCAAGUGCCGGCAGCGUGGCCACCCCUCGGACUGUCUGGAGACAACUCUUGGGCCGCUUCCUGGCGGCGUUCCACCCGUUUUCCUAGUCAACGAUGGAUGUCUAGAUUCCACUCGUAAGGCUGGAGGCGGCGGAAGCGUGCCCCAGGCGGCAGCGCCUGCAGGCGCGCCCGGGUCCGGGAACCACGGGCGACACCGCAACUCAGGCAACGGCGGCCGCGCCGGCGGCAAGGCGACUGGCGGGGUCGGUGGAGCGCGGCAGGCGCCUCGGGGUUGUGUGGAGCAGGCGCCACCGCAGCGCUCCGCGAGCACCCAAAGAGCAGGGCCGGAACGGACGGGGAUCGUUCAGUGGCUUGCCCAGCUCUGGACGGGGAGCUGGCUGUUUGCGGAUGCCUGCCGUUUCUGUGCACUGAACCUUCGCCUCGAUCUGCGUACUCCGCCCGCGAGUUUCUUUUUCCCGCUGUCCUUUUCCCUGCUGCGACAAAAGCUCGGGGGCUCGGCAGUGCCGGCGAAUCGAGGGGGGAGCACGACUCCCCAGAGCGUCUCUGGUCAGCGUGGCGGGACGUGCAAGGCCAAGCACGCCCCUUCGUCGGCCGGGAGUUCAAGCCCGUCUGCCGACGCGUGUGCCCGAGAAGCCAGCGGGUUUUUCUUCUACGCCAACGCGAUGCAGAGGUGCACUUGCGACAUCUUGCUCCCGCGGAGGCGGGAGGGCGGCCCGACUCUCGAACACGACGGCUUGUUCGUCCCCGUUUCCGCAGUUCGAGCGCCGUCCGCGGGCGGCCACCAGGCGGCGGCUGUCCCCUCCGGCCCGCGCGGCGGGAAGCACCAAGGCGGACGCGGCGGAGCCGCGGCGGGAAACCAAACUGGAGGAGCGACGGUCGCGGAAGCCGCUGCCAAAUUCGCGCAGAAUCAAAAGCAGCGGCUUGCCCAGUUGCCAGUCCACCUGCAUGCAGCGCACUGCGUUUUGGGUCUCGCCGGGGUUCCGGUGACCGCUGCGGCGGUGGACGAGGCGUACUGCAGACAGCUGGUGCUGGUGGGCGAUCCGCUGGGGACCGCCGGAGGGCGAGGCGAGGGAGCAGGCAGUCGGCACAGGAAAGAGAAGCUGAAGCCCGACGAAGAGAAGACUCCGGAGAGCGAGGACGUGGACGACCCUGUCGCGUCCGGUUUGUUGACCGGCUCCUUUGCGGGUUUGCUGGCGAGCAGCUGGAGAAGAGAGUAUGUGUUUAGAAGAAGCGAAGAGACUCGCGAAGAGCAGGGCGGGGCCAGCCAUCCGGGCCAAGUUCGGCCGCGCUUCGAAGAUUUCUGCGACCUCUUGGGAGUGCUCCAUCGCGCACGAACGGCAAUCCAACUUUUCCUCGCUCUCACUGGCUCAGCAGACACCAGAAUGCGUGGCGACUAUCCUCGCAGUGGAGCCGGUGCGCAGGAAGACUCGGCGAAAGCCGCGGAAGCAGGGGACGCAGCGGCUGGCGCCGACGAAGGUCGACCUUGCGACGAGGACGGAAGGACUCCGCCUGAACAGCCCAACGGGGCGGAUUCGACGCCGGAGACAUCGGGCGCCUACGGCGACCUCUGGUCUUCGAGCCUGUUUGUCCCCGGGCCCUCUGCAGCGUCGUUCGCUGCUCGGCAACCGCGCGGACUCGCGACCGCGGGAACUGCCAGCAGACUCGAAGACCUCGGCGCGGAGAAGAACGUCCCGAGCUUUUCCCUCGCACCGGGCAUCGCUUCGGGGUGCGCGGCGUCGGCUUAUCUUCGGGGACGACGGGAGGACGCCCAGCGGCUCGUGCAGGCCUUCGUCGUGUCCGUGUGUCUGGCGCGUCUUCGGCUGGCCGCAGCUGUCCAGCGCUUCGUCACGACCCGCGAAGGGGCUGCCUCGGCUGCGCAACAGGGCGAGCUCCGUCGUCUUCUGGCCGCAAGUGCAGAGUGGGUCAGGGGAGACAGCCAGUUCGCCAACUCCAGCCUGACCGAAGAAGCUGCCGCCGGAGCCCCCGAACGCCUCCCGCCGAGUCUCGAAUUUGAACUCUCCCCGCAUCCACUCGCUGUAGCCGUGCGAGAAGGUUUUCCGCUGCUGCUGCGCAUGCUGCUCGCCGACGAAGCCGCCGCUAGCGUUUUCGCCAACUGGAAGGGGCGGGGGCCCGGAGCAGGUGACGAGUGUGGCACCGUCGGUUACGCUUCGAGGGCCGAGCUGCUGACACAUCCCUGGCUGUUUCGCCGAGGCUACUCCGUUUUGGCCGACUUAGGGAACGGAUCGACGGUCUUGCACUUUGCUGCGCGGUUCGGACGCACCGAAGUCCUCCAAGUCGUCUCUAGCGAAGUUGCCCCGACCACCUGGUGGCGGUGUUUGAUUCACCGGAACGACGCUGGGCACACGCCCUUGGACGUGGCGAUCUUGUGGCACGGCGUCGAGAGCGAUGUUGUCGAGGUCUUCGCGCAGGCAUUCAACUGUGCCAAAGAGGUCCAGGACUACACGUCGUACUUGAACCGUCGGAAUGUGCGGAUUCUGCCGUUUGUCAAGGCGGUCGCUGUCACGCUGAUCGCGAUAUUCCUCCCCGCGCACCUUCUCUUUCUUCCGUUCUUCUUCUCCCUGUUCGGGGACGGGCCCGCGGAUGAGAUGGCCCUUCGACUCGCGCUGCUCAUUCUCCUCUUCCUCGCGGAAUUCGUGGUUCGACAGACUGGCUGCGGGGAAAAGAUCUUUUCGCUGUACGCGGGACUUGCGGUGGGAACUGCGUUCUCUCUCUGGCAGAUCGUCUCCGACCUAACUCACGACGUUUUCGUCGAGGAGAUCUACGGCGAGUCCGCUGUGCGCGUCGCGCUUUUGUUGAUGUUCUUCCACUACGCUGCGACUCCGUCCUCUGUGGCGCGAGUCGGCGAGUGUGUCGGAGAGGCGGGCCCCCACGUCCUCGGCUUCGUCUGGCGACCCCUCCGGCGGCUGGGCCUCGCAUGCGGUCUCGGCGGACUGGUCACUCGCGUCGGCGGGUGGUUCGCAUCAGACGCCGCGCACGCGGCGUUAGAGGGAAAAGGCAGGACGCGCGCCGCUAGCCAGCCCGGAGUUCAGGCGAGUUCGGGCACGAAGAGCAACGCGCCCUCGAGCCGCUCAGGCGGCGGAACCGACGACGGACGAGAAUCUUCAGGCGUGCCGACCCAGGCCGGAGCUGAGCCAGCGCGGCGCGAGGGAGAGUCCAGCGAGAGACAGAGCGGAUGGCUUUCGAAGCUGCGACGGGGCUGCAUGCAUCUCCUCGGCUGUGGCCUGGGCGUCGUGAAAGCGGGCUGGACGGCUGUCCAUCAUUCCUGCGACUUCCGCUUCUUGCUGCGCGUAGUCGGGCUGACUUUCUUGCUGAUGAGCCUGACGUCUUCGAUGAUUUCCGGCUGGUGGCUGGUGACCGACGACUUCACGUACGCGAUCUUCGCGCUGAACGGCUCGGACGCGGCGACGCACGUGUCCCACGCAGGCCCCGGCAAGGCUGCACACUCGGUGCAUGCAGCUGUCCGCGCCCGCGCCGCUUCGUCCGGAAGCUGCUCGGAGGGCGAGCGCCCUCGCGCACGCGAGGCCACGGGGGCGGUUCCGUACGCGCACUCUUCGCAGGGCGGCCCCGCGGGCCUCGGCGACGGCUGGCUAGGCCUGGGGACACCGGGGGCGUCCGAAGGCGCCUCGAAAAGGCGGUACCUGGACGCGAACGGGGAGGCAGGUGUGCUUGACGCAGAAGCGAUGUUCGAUGACUUGUUAGAUCUCGAAGAAGGGAGCGAGUUCGACUUCAUGCCUCCGCCGUCCUUUGGGCUCUGCCACGCCUCCUUGUCGUCGUCGUCCCUUCUGCUGUCUCUCCGCGACGUCGCUCGUGAGAAGUUCAAAAAGGGGUCAGGCGGCGCCGGCGUGUUGGGCGCAGCCAGCCUCUUGUCAGUGCUCGAUCGGUAUCCCUUCAUGCCCGAGAAGAUCUUUGAGACCGAAGCAAUCCUCGAGCAGGCCGUGGAGGACGAGACGUACGGGGAAGUCUGCCGACGUUGGAAAGCCGAGCAGCGGCGAGAGUUUGAGGCACAGACCCCGGGCGAACGCGCGACCGUUGCGGAAAAGAACCGUGGACAGGAGGGCGGAGCUCAAGACGAGGAAGGCAGCCCCCGGACGGAUGCGGCCUCCCGAGGCCACGGGGCGGGAAGCGAAGAGAGCUUUGCAAACAGUUUGCUUGAAGGCCUGGCGUCGGCUGCCGGGGCACGGAAGCGCGACUUUCUGCGGGCCCCAGGGCCGGGAGCGACCGAGGGGACAAGACCAGCGGAAGGCGCAGGAACCAGUGAAGCCGUGUGCCUGAAAUUGUCUCCGGUUCAAGAACACUUGUUGGCCUUUGCUCUGUUUGAGGCUGACAGCCAGCAGUCGCGACUCGCGUCCGAAGGCUCUUCCGCGCGAGAAGACGGCGUGUGCCGGGCGUCGGCGCCAGGGACAGAAGCAAUGGCCGACGAGACACUCUUGGAGGAGAGCGAAGCAGACGCUUUGUCAGCACACCUGUCAACGCGAGCGCGUCGAACGCGUCAGCGCGUGUGCUCGGGGGGCCGCUGCAGUGCACUCCGCAUUUCGCCCACCGCUUGGGCUCACGGGAGCCUGCGCGAGAAGCUGGAGGACGAACAAGCCGACGAGCUCUGCCGUUGGCACAUGGAAGAGACGGAGGGCGCGGCAGGAGGCGCAGGCGAGGCCGGAGGCAUCGGUUCGGGGCCCGAAUGCAGCCCUCUGUCUCUUCAGUUGAUGGGGUACUGCGUCAAGAGGUUGGAAAACAAGCUCAGGAAACAGAUGGGGCUGCCGGCGGUUGACGACGAGAGCUUCUACCACGCGUUCCGCAGUCGCCUGGCCGUGCGGCUACUGCAGCCUGACGCCGUCGCAGCAACGGAGGAGGAGUUCGCGCGGAGUGUUUUGCCCUUCGUCUGCCUGGGAUGCACAGAGUUCGAUGACGUCACAGGCGCGUGCCUGGCGAGAGACUCGGAGAAGCGUCGGCGGCGCCAGCGGCAAGCGAUGCGCUGCUUGCGGCGCGUGCGCACGUGGCACCUUCAGCAGGCGGCGACGGCGGAGCAACUCGAGAGCGACGCCGAGGUGCGUCGCGAGUUCGCGGCGUCUGCGUCGCCCGCCGGCGGCUCGCCAGACGCGUUCUACGACUUCUCGGGGUUCCCUGUCGGGCCCAGCGAUCCACGAGCCUCGCGGCACCAUCCGGAGAGGGCUCCGCCGUCGCCGCCCAAGCCGAACUUUGCAGUGGUCAGCGGCUACAACUACUACCAGCUGUAUCGGCCGCACCCGGCGUUGCCUGCGUCGCUCGCCUCGGACCGCGGGUCUCCCGCGGGAGAAGAGGCGCUUCGUUUCGCGCAGCGGCAGCGAAAGGCCACGGCGCUGCUGUCUCCGCCGCGGUGGGCCCAGGGCAUUCGCCGCUUCUCCAGCGCGGCCUUCGCCUCGGCGUCGGCCGCCGAGAAGGGGACGCUUCCCGCGGGCGCGCCCGUCACUGCGGCGCUGGACGCGGCAGCGACUGUCGGCGCGAUGGUGGCGGCGCUCUGCUCCUUCAUGGACGUUGACGACUCGGAAGUUGGAGCAGCUGACGACGCGCGGCAGUGCCCGCACUGUUCCGAGCAGAUUCUGCGCGUGCAACAGAUUCGCGAGGGCCUUCGCUGCUACCGCCAGCUGGUUUUGCAGAUCCUCGAAAAGCAGCGACGGGGCGAAGCCGCGGAACAGACAGGCGGGCCCGCGGGACGGGGAGACGCCCUGGGCAGACACCGGGGCGGGGACUGGAGUGAACCUGUGAGCGAGAAGAGCAAUUUAGAGAAGGAGUCGAGAGGCAUUGAACCGGACUCUGAAGAACUUCUUCUCGGGCUCUUGGCAAUGCAACGCAGCGGGCUGUUGAGAGGGGCGAAGAAGCUGCUGCGUGACGGCGUCGUCGCGUCUGCCUCGAGAAGAAAGACGCCGUCGGCAUCCCCGGGAACCUCGAAAGAGAACUUCUAUGGAGAGGCCGCGUCAGACGAUCGGGCGCCUCGCGCGCCGCCAGGCCCAGGCAGCCAGGCGAAAGCCUCGAGUGCACAGAGGCUGAGCAGCGCCAGCACUUCUGAGAGGAGCGGGCGGAGCCGCGCGAACGGCAGUGACGACAGGGAUGCCUUUUACCACCGCGGGGACCGCCACGGAGCCUCUCAGCACUCGACAAAGGAGCAGGUUCGGCGAGUCAGCUGGAUCGCCGUCUUCGUGGGCUUGGCCGUCGCCGUCGUCGGGUCAGCUGCCGCCUGGCUCCUGUACCAGUGCUGGGUGGAGCACUGCGCAGAGUGGUACUCGCGGCAGCUGCAACAGGAGGAAGAUGGCCUGCGCGGCGGCGCUCAAGAAGGUCAAAAGCGCGGACAUGCCCAGAGUGCGUUUGCGGGGGCGUCUGGCGGGAAAGGCGGAAGUGGACGGGGCGGGAAGAAGGCAGAUCGCGGCGGAAACGGCGGAUCUGGAGGCGCGGGUGCACGGGCGGACUCGGGGGCCGGCCAGGGCGCAGCUGCGAAGAAGGCCCCGAAGCCUGGGAAAGGAUCCGCGGUCUCCGGGACAGCCCCUGGCGGGCCCGUAGGCGGCCUUGUCGCCGGUGUCUCUCUCGGGAGACAAGCUGAGGAGUGCAGAGAAGACGCGCCGACGGAUGCGGCUGGAGUGAAGCCAGCUUUCGAAGAAGAGGUCCGUCUCGGGAUCGAGAGCAGGGGAUUUCGAGAGACAGCUCGUAAACAGGUCGAGGCCGCCGGAGACGGAGCGACGCGCAGUCAGGAGACUGAAGGCCGCGAGAAGGAGAGGAAAGCAGAGGGAGAAGAUGCGGGAGCGCGGCCGGGACAGAGCGAGGGCGGCGCCGCGGAUCGAAGGGAGACGCACUCUUCCUGUGUGGAGCCCCAGGGGCCCGAGGACGGCCGAGCCCGCGACUUGUCAAAGGAUGUGGAAUCCGGUGAGGGCAUAGAGGCGACCUGUGCAUCGGGAUCGCUGAGAGAUUCGGAGACGGCAGACGGCCGAGGACAGCGCCUGGGCAACACGCCUGGUAAGGCGACCGCGGAGAGCAACAAGGAAGCCCCUGCGGCGGCGUCCGAGGGCCGCCCCGGACGGAGACGGAAGUCUGAUGCAGCGGCGACCGGGGCCGAGCGUGAGCGACGAGCGAGCAAGGAUCCGUCGUCCGCCUCCGCCGCCUCCGCAGGGGAAGAAGACUGCGGCUUCGUGGUGGUGACGAAGGCCAAGAAACCCGUGGAGAAGAAGCUGAAAGGCGGCGCCGGUGCUGUCGAGAGCGGCAAUGGUGCCGUUUCGGACGCAGGCGGAGGCAGUGCGGUGGGGGGAGGCGUCCCCAAGGCCGGAAGCGCAAGCAAAGCAGCCGCCCAGCGCGAGGCUCCAGCGCGAACGCCGCCUGGCAGUUCACAGUCUGCGGCGAGCGGCGCAGGAGCCUCGGUGACGAGCCGGCUCGAGCCCGUGGGGAGGAGAGACGGGGCGCCGGGAGUGGCGAGUGCGCGGAAGAGGAAUUCGAUGCCCGAAGUCGAGGCGCCGGUGGGGUCGGCGUCCCGGCCGGCCCAUACGCCCUCAGGGAAGGCUCGCCAGCGGACUGGAAGUGCGACAGGCAGUCGGAGCAAGACUGCUGGGCACAAGGACUCGGCUGUCUCCGAGAAGGGCGCACCUGCGGCGUCUGUGUGGGGCGGGGGACUGGGCCGUAACGGCAGACGCAGCUCGGGGGCCGAUUCGCCCAGUGCGGCGGCCGCAGAAGCUGAGCAGGUUCAUCAGCUGCAGAAGCUGCUGGCGGCGCUCCAGGCGCUGAACGCGGCUUACGACUUGGCCCGUUGCCAGCUGCCUGACUGGGCGCUCGACUGUUUGGACGAAGCGCAGGCCGUGCAGCUGCGCGAGCGGCACGGGUGGAAGGUGGUGAAGCGCGGAGACGGCGCGCAGGAACAUCACGUGCUCCUCGUGCCUGAGAAAGUCGUGAAGCGUUUCCUGCAGCAGGGCGAACAGACCACCGCCGGGAGCGUGUCGGGGGGCCGCGUCGGGGCGCCGGACCAUGCUGGGGACUUGCCUGGAGAGGCGCGGAGGCUGAAGAGUCCGCAUGCAGAGGGGGCUGUCGAGAGCGCCGGAGCGAGCUCGCGAUCGACAGGCGGAAAGACUCGGCCGCGCCCGCAAGGGUUAGGGCCGGGCUCAGGCGAAGCUCUGUCAGUGGCGAACGGCGGGGCUGAAGAGGCAACGGUUUCGAUUUGGAAGAAGACCCAACCCGGCCAGGCGGCUCCAGGGGUACGCGGUGGUCGAGCGGCUUCGCCCGGGAAGGCCAAGGGCGGCGCAGCCAAGGAGACGCCGGAGACGGGACCGCGGCAGCAGUCCCCUGGGCGUCGGGGCCCUGGACGAAAGGCGUCGACGAGUGGAGGCGCCGCGGAGGCCGCGGCCCGCGCGCGUCGGACCUCGCUGGCGCGUGGCUCGGGGCCUGCCGCGAAUCAGGGGCAGAAGAACUCCAGUUCGCCUGCAGGUGUGCUGGGUGGGAAGAGAGAAUCUGGCCAAGACGCUGGGGCGCGCGGCACUGGAGACCCACGUCGGCCGGGGGCGGAGAGCGACGCGCUGCAGGCAGAGAGUGGCGGAGCGGAGAGGAGUCACCGGCGGGUGCCGGACCAGCUGUCGAGCAAAGGGGCCCGAGGAAAGGCCCGAGAAGCGAAGGGCGGUGGGGCGUCCGGAGAGGCGGAGGGACGGCCCAAGGACGGGCGGCUCCGAGAAUGUAGCGACGAGCAGCUGCGAUCGUCGAGGCAGCUUGAGGCCGAACCGAGCGAGUUCGGAGGUUUUGGCGACCUCGACAGAUGCCUCGGCUCGACUCUGCAACCUCUGCAUUUGCCUGCCGACUUGCUCGGCGACGACCUCGGCACACUGCAUGCGAACCUCCGGCUGCUUUACCCGCAACUUGCCGCAGGGGAGGUGAGUGGAUGCGGGUAUGUCUCCCAAGGCCCGCGGGCCAGUGGGGGAGGAGACGUGGCGCGGGAACUCCGACAGACCGACCAGCGAGAAGGCCUCGAGCGGCUGUCCGGCGGCGCGAGCUCCGGGUUGGGAGCGAAUCUUCCGCGGGUGCCGAGCCGGCAAGAGGCUGCGAGUUUGGCAUCCGCGCUGGAGGAGCAGUGCGUGUCGGGCUUCGCGGGUGGGGAGCGCGGGAGGCUGAGCCGGGAGGCCUCUUCAGGCUCCGUCUGCGACGACAUGAAGCCCGCGCACGAGUUGCUGGCCGCCGCGUUGCUGCGCCCAUCGCACCCCGGUGGCUAUGGCAGCCCUGGCGGGUGGCUACCCUUCGCGUCGGCGCCCGCGGCGUCCACCUCCAGCAGGACAGCCGUCGGAGGGCCCUACGCCUCCGGCGCGGCGCGGUCGGAGAGACAGGGGCCUCACAGGGCAGGCGCCGAGUUCGAGGCCGCUUCUCCGUGUCGAACGGAGUCAGCUGCUGGCUUGGCAGGGUUGACCGGCGCAGUUGGAAGCCGAGCUCCGACCCGCGAGGUCGUGCACGGAGGCAGGCUGAGUCGGAGGUCCAGCGCCGAUGGCUCAGCUGUCGCGACGGCGGCAGUUAUGGCUACCAGACCCGUAGAGCGGGCGUGGCUGUUUCCGGGUGGCGUGGACGGCGUGGAGCGCGACUCUGCAGGCGGCGGUCCGCGCGCGGGGGAUCGAGCUGACGGCCACGGCUCCGGCGGCUCGCCAGGUCUCGCGCUGGCGUCGGACGAGAAGGAUGCUCGAUGGCUGGACUUUCUCAGUGGCGGCAAGACAGGAGAGAAACGGGCGGCGACGGCUGCGGUAGCGGCAGGGCGGGAAGAGAUGCUGGCUGUCGAGCAGAGCUUUGCGCAGGAUCCGGGGGCGGAUCUGGCGAGCGCGGUCGACCGCGGAGGCCAGGAUGCGCAAAGUAUGAGAAGUCGAAGGGAACGGCGUGAGGAGGACGUGUGGGGCGAAGGGUCGCGGCCUUCGCUCCAAGGCUUCGUCGCGGGCAUGUCUCUCGCGUCCAGCCGACGCAGUCUGGGCGAGAAACCGCCCAUCGGGCUCGACGCGCAGGUGGACCCGCAUCUGGACCUGACGCGCUCAGACGUGCAGGCAAUGCAGGCAAACGCAGCGCUCGCCGGUGCCAAUCACCUAGGCAGUUCCGGUCGGAGAAUCGCGAACACGGCCUCCUCGUUCAGUGCGUUCUUCGCAGACACUCUGCCAAACGACAGCCCGUCCGGAUCGGCCGCUCUCCGCGAGGGGUGUCCAGGCAGCCCAGAGCACAGCGACCGUGCGACGUCGGGUGUCGACCUGCUAGUCGCCGAGUUGGAUCCGGUCGCAGCCUUUUUGUCAGGCAGCAGGCGGCGAGGAGCGGCCGACGCCCAGCUGGGGAGGGACGACCGCAUAGGUAUCCCCUCGGCGCAAGAACAACGCGCAGUUAAGGAGCGCGUGGCAGCGAUUGGAGCGCCCCCAGGACUCGAGCUGCGCCCCCCGGAGAUCCCCGGGACGCGCAGAGCCAACCCGUGUCCUGGCGGUUUUGGAGGCGCCGAGGACGCCUCUGGGGAGCUCGAGCAAGGACUGUGUUCGGUGCUAAGCUGGGCAGAAUCCGUGUUGGAAGACGAGGCAGGAGAGUCGGGGGAUCAGGCGGAAGUUGUGCGUGCCACCACACAAAAGGGCUACGAGACGCGAGCGGACAGGGGACCAGUCGACGAGGAAGAGAAUCAUCCGGGCUCUGCCGCCUCCUCGCCGUCAGGACGGACCGUUAACGCGGGAGAAGCGCCCGCGUUCCCGUCGUCUCCGCUGCUGGCGCAGGACUUGACGCCGCAGUCUCGGGCGUACUCCUUCGCGUCGUCGCACGGGAGUCGCAAGGAAAACAGUUCCAGUCUGGCCUCGUCGGGAGGCGUCGAAGAACGGAUGGCGGUCGAGCCACGGGCGCAAAUGCGCAGCGCAGAAGGCGUCUGCCUGCUGUGUCGCAUGGCGCCUUCCUCGUGUGUUCUUGAGCCUUGUGGGCACCGCGCGUUAUGUUCGUCCUGUGCCUCGAUGCUCUGCUCGGAGCCGCUGCCUGUCGGGGGGGCGUGUCGACGCCUAGCCAGGAAAGCCGUCGGAGCUGUGUGCAUGCAUUGUCUGGAAGAGGUGUCUCACAUUUGGUUCCAGUAG